AUGCGCAUCAACCUCAUCACGACAUUCAAGGACUUCAAAAACGAACGGCUAGCCAUACACGACUUGCUCGAAGACCCAGAAAUCCUGCUAGCAGCCAGAGGAAAAGAUGUGACGAUACAGCUCGAAGAUUUUAAUGCCGGCCAAAAGCCGUCUUUCGAGGACGCGCACUCGCCGUUUUUGUUGACCCAUUGCCUGGAGGAGAGUAAGAUGGAGAACGGGAAUCCAUAUUAUAUACAUUUAUUUGGUGAAGUGCUCGGCUACACGCUGCCCAUCGACUUCUGGAAUACAGAGUUCCUGGAGCGAUUCGGGUUGCGCCCCGGGUUGUCGCUCUCGGAAAUGGCGGUGGCUAUCGCGAAAAUUGGCAAUCCGAAUGCAAUCUACUUCCAACGCGAUGCCUCCUUUUUGCGCGAGAUCCCAUUCCACGAGCCUGUAUUUAUCGACGAGCCCCUAGGCCGGCAGAGGGCCAACUAUCUGGCGGAAAGUGUCCAGAGGAAGGCGAAGAAUUUCCAUAUCUACACUUGCCACACCGAGGGCAUCAACAACACCUACAAUAAGGACGUCGUAUUGAAAGGCCUUGAGCCCCUGCAGCAGCACAUCAAGCAGUUUAUCCUGCGCCAUCUGGCCUCCGAUUUUCGGGCUGGAGGCGAAGAAGGGCCCAGAAAAAUCAGCCAGAAACCGGAAGUCACAAAACAACAACAAGAGACCGUCGAAAAGGCCAUCGCUCUUGCCACCGAGCAUCAACUCGUCGUGUUGCUGGGAGAUUUUGGCACCGGAAAAAGCCGAGUGCUGCAAGAAAUUUCCCAUCAAAAAUCCAUCCCGCUAAUCACCAGCGACAGCGUAUCCACGCUGAACUUGGCCGAAAAGUCGUUGUGCAUAGAUGAUCUGGAUGCGUUAUCAAAAGAGCAGAUGACGCUUUUGGCCACGGAGCUCGGGGAUGGACGUCGCUUUUUCGGCACGGCACGGAAAGUGCCGAAAUUUUUGAUGAAGAGCAACGCCCAGUUCCGCGUGGCUACUCUGGCGUUGGGAGGAGAGGAAGACCACGACAAAAUCAAGAGAGCCCUUUGCCAAUUUAUGAGCUAUCAAUCGCCAAACGAAGAGCUUGAAAUUACAAACAGGAAAUUCUCGGACGCUACUAUGCAAAUAGCUGAACUUGUCGCAGAUCCGGCGGGGCCUGGUGAUGAGAACGAAGCGGAAAACGGCGCCACCUCAAAAAAGUGGACAGUCGAAAAAGCAAAAAUCGCCGGCGCUAUGACCUGCUUCGGGGCCAAGCCGCAUGCAGUUCGUGAUUUGGCCAGACACGGAACCAUGCGUAUGUGCGAGGCGGACCUGCUGCUGAUGGAGUCGGACUCGGUGGGGCAUCUACUCAUCGGGGCCCUUUGUCUGCUGACGCUCUCACAGAACGGGAUUGAGGAACGGUUUUUACGACGUUUGAUGGCCCCUGAAGACCAUCUGAUGCCGAUGUCAUUCAAGCGACGGGGCAAAAACCUGACUUACGAUUACUGUCUCGACCGAUAUGGGCAUCGUGAAGAGGUGCUGGCACUUAGAUGGAGAUACGUCCGAAUGCGCAUCGCCCACUACCUCCAGUUUCCGGACGCUAGUCGCAAGCUUCUUGCUGUGUCCGCCGUUUGCAGAAAGGUCAUUUGGAAAAGAUACCUGGCACACAGUGAGACGCUGGACCACUUUCAAAAGAAGAUGCGAGGGAAA